GUAGGUAUAGUCUAUAAAAGCCAUACCCAAGGGGCCCAUCCGGCAGACCGAAUCCGACCUCAGACACGAUGAAAACGCAGGUGACGUUAGCUGUGGUAUGCCUAAUGGCGAGCCUCGUCAAGGCUCAGAUCCCUGGUAUCGGUUGGUGCCCUGACAAAAGGGCGAUGGCGGGUUUCGACAUCGACAGAUACAUGGGUACCUGGUACGAAGCCGAGAGGUACUUUACUGUAUUAGAAGCAGGCAGCAGAUGCGCCAGGACUAAUUACACAAAAGCCGCCGACGGCAGGAUUCUCGUCACUAACGAAAUCACCAAUAGAAUUACUGGAAUUAAGCGUGUUUUGGACGGAGAGAUCAGAAACGUUCCAAAAGGAGGACUUGACUCCAAGAUCAGCGUCAAAUACUCGACCCUUCCUUUCCCUAUGGAAACUGAAUAUAGUAUCCUUGACACUGACUACGACAGCUACUCUGUCGUCUGGUCCUGCUCAGGAAUUGGGCCACUUGUUAAUACACAAUCCGCAUGGGUCAUGACCCGUGACAGGCUUCCUCCUGGAACAGUCCUUCAGAAGGCCUACGGAGUCUUGGACAAGCACAAGAUCUCCAGAACCUUCUUCGUACGGGCCGAACAAGAAGAAUGCAACCUCGGUGAACCCCUCGGCCCACCACUGAAGACCAAGACCGCCGACCCUGAAGCCAGCCCUGAACCCACCCCCGUUGCCAAACCCGAAGCCUCCCCCGAGGCCAACCCCGUCCCUUCGCCCUCUGCCCAGCCGGAACCCAAGCCCGUCCCUUCGCCCUCGGCUCAUCCGGAAGUCGCCGUCAUGGCCGAAGAAGCGAAACCGCUCGUCCAGGAACAGAAAAAGCCCGCAGUCACUGCCCCUGUUGCCAAUGUCGUCGAACAGCAGAACUGAAUCCACUACCCGGACCUCGCGCAAAACAAAUAAGCUUUAAUAGAACGGUUAGGUUUAUUUAUUUGUAAGUUUUACUAUAAUUUAGAAAUUA